CAUUUGCAGAUGGAUUCUUUACCCAAAGUGGUGGUGAGGUUUGGGUAAAAGAAGAGGAAGCUCACUCCUGCAGCUGAAAGGGGAAGCACCAGUUCCUUGAACAGGGUGGUCCCGACUCACAUCAUAACAUCCCUGGGAAACCUGAUAGAAAUGCAAGUUUGGGGACCCUACUCCAGAUCUGAUGGAUCAAGCCGUGCAGGUGAUUCUGAAGCGUGCUUACGUUUAAAGAAGUGGGUUACUCAUACGUGGUGUUGACUGUGUUACAGAUGCGGGUCUAGAUUUAUAAUCAGCUAGUUGAAAAUAAUUACCUUGACUGGCUCUAGCGACCCCCCAGGAACAUAACCCACUUACAUGUUAUGUUCUCAUUUAUCAUUGAUGGGUCUAUCGGGGAGUUUUUCACUCCGCUGGGCUGACAAUGUCAUUAGACUUGCUAAUGAGCAGCAACCAUGAGCUCCUGCUGCUUGUCACUCAAUGCAGUCAAGGACUAGCACACACAGCAAAGAGCUUAGCAGUCAACCUUCUUCACAGUCUGCUCUCAGGGAAUAAAGCAAGGGGAGGGCCCAGAGGUGUCAUUGGACACUGACGAUGACAUUAUUUAUUUCCUACACCAAAGAGCCAAGGCAGAAAGACAAAAAGAAGCUAACUUUUGCAAGUAGGCGCUAGAUGGAAGGGGAUGCACUGACAGCUGCCCUGGCAGACUCCAACACCAUGAACGUGUCUUCUGCUCACCUCCACUUUGCCGGCGGGUACCUGCCCUCAGACUCCAAGGACUGGAGGACUCUAGUCCCAGCUCUCCUGGUGGCCAUCUGCCUGGUGGGUUUCGUGGGGAAUGUGUGUGUCAUUGGCGUCCUCCUCCACAGUGCUUGGAAAGGAAAGCCAUCCAUGAUCCACUCCCUGAUUCUCAACCUCAGCCUGGCUGAUCUCUCUCUCCUGCUGUUUUCUGCACCUGUCCGAGCUACAGCAUACUCCAGAGGUGUUUGGGAUCUAGGCUGGUUUGUCUGCAAGUCCUCUGACUGGUUCAUCCACACGUGCAUGGCAGCCAAGAGCCUGACGAUCGUUGCAGUGGCCAAGGUAUGCUUCAUGUAUGCAUGUGACCCAGCCAAACCAGUAAGUAUCCACAACCGCACCAUCUGGUCAGUGCUGGUGGCUAUCUGGGCUGUGGCAAGCCUGCUACCCCUGCCAGAAUGGUUCUUCAGCACCACCAGGCAUCACGCAGGUGUGGAAAUGUGCCUUAUGGAUGUGCCCGCUGUGGCGAGAGAGUUCACGUCAACGUUUGGUAAGCUCUACCCGCUGCUGGCAUUUUGCCUCCCGUUACUCUCUGCUAGCUUUUAUUUCUGGAGAGCUUAUGGCCAAUGUCAGAAACGAGGAACUAAAACUCAAAAUCUUAGAAACCAGAUGCGCUCAAAGCAACUCACAGUGAUGCUGCUGAGCAUUGCCAUCACCUCUGCUAUCCUGUGGCUUCCUGAGUGGAUAGCCUGGCUGUGGAUGUGGCAUCUGAAGGCUGGAGGCCCGGCCCCCCCACAAGGUUUUAUAGCCCUGUCUCAAGUCCUCAUGUUUUCCAUCUCUUCAGCAAAUCCUCUCAUUUUUCUAGUGAUGUCAGAGGAGUUCAAGGAAGGCUUGAAAGGCAUAUGGAAAUGGAUGAUAACCAAAAAACAUCCACCUGCUUCAGAGUCUCAGGAGACACCAGCUGAUAACUCCCAGGUCCUUCGUGACAGUAUUCCAUCUCUGGAAUCCCCACCAUUCAUGUCAGAGAAAGAGAAAACUGGCUCUCCUUCCUUCAGCAAAGAGAAAGCCGAGAAGGCAGAGAUUCCCAUCCUCCCUGAUGUCGAGCAGUUUUGGCAUGACAGAGACACAGUCCCUUGUGUACAGGACAAUGAUCCUAUCCCCUGGGAACACGAAGAUCAAGAGACAGGAGACUGUGAUGAAUAGUUUCAAAGCAAAAUAAAUUGUGGUUACUGUAUUUAUUUAUAAUGCUGCUUAUCAGUACCAUUGACUUUGCCAUAUGAAACAUAGUAGAAUUAAUACCAUUAGGAAUUACAAAAAUGCUUUGCAGUCUGCAUUUGCAAAAUGUACAAUUUGGUUAAGUAGGACAUCAUAUUAGAGCAACUAUGUUAUCAUCUGGCUGUCAAAGAUUUAACUGCUGUAUUUAAGAUGCUUCUGUCAGAAGUGAUUGAUUAGAAAGGCCAGCUCUUUUUUCACUUGUCCACAGUGGCUGUUUCCCUGGAUAGUCUGUAGGGCCAGCUGUGUACUGGCUGGAGGAAAGCUUAUGUCAGAGGCUCAGUCUCCUUCCUUUUAGUUUCUUCCUGAACCUGCUAACUCUACCUAUCAAACCUUAUUUCACAUAACCAGAGCUCAAAAUUUACUUCUAAGAGAUUUAACAUAUAUAUUUUAAUGUUAUCUUCAUUUGCUUUAGAAAUGUUAAUUUACUUGAUGAAAAUCCGUAAUUUCCAUGACUGUGUGUUGCAGAAUAAGGAACAUCCUUAUUCUGAUCCUGAGCUAAUUUCAAACCAUGGCUUAUUUUACAGGCAAAGUCUAAGUGAAUUCAGACUUUGCCUCAUGCAAAAAUCUGCUUCACUGAUCUUUUUAAAGCACCUCAGUGAGUUUCCAGUUUCUAAGUCUGGGGAUUUUAGCAGUUAACACUGAACUUAAGCAGUAAAACUAAAUUUUGUGCUUCCAAAUAUAUUACCAGUAUAAUUUGAGUAACAAGCAAUAACUGUUAAAUGUAUAGCAUAACACACACCCAACAAAACAAUUAUGAUAUAUGUCUUCCCCUAUUAAAUAUAAAAAAGAUAUUUAUCCAUGAUUUUUAGUUACUCUGUAAUGGAAUUCUGGGAUAUUGUCACUGAGUUCUCUCUGGAGAAAAACAAAACUACAUUUAGGCUAAGCAAUGGAGAAAAUAUAGAAACAUGCUGUGGAUGAAAUUUUUUAAUGUACAGUCUGUGGCUUUGUUUAUUCCUUAUAAAUGGUCAUGAUUUGCUUUUUUAACACAGAAGAUAGGGCUUUUUGCCUUGGUUCAUAACAUAUUUCAUUUUAAGGCUCACAAAAGCACAUUAAACUACAAUAAACACAAGUAUCUAAAAUACUGUCUUGUGAGGCAACAGUUAUAUAAUAGGAUUACCUUUAAAACUGUGAUGAACUAUCUCAAUUAAAGACUUGUGAUCAUUAUCUAUAGUAAAUGGAGGAUGUAAGCUUUCACUAUUUCAACUUGUAAACAAAUAAAAACAUUAUGUUUUGCUUCAGAUAGUUUUGGAGACUUAAGCUUUGUCUUGAAUGCUGCUUUCAAAAUUAUCAUUUAGCACAUGGGGGCUUUACAGGAAGGUGAGAACACUGGCACAGGUAUCAGAGAGCAAGGAAUCAUGUAUUCUUAAAAAGUUUGCUGAUAAGCACCAAAUCAAAAUGAAGAUACUGAAACACAAUGUAACUACAAUGACCCUGUCAUUAAUAAGAACCUAAUGGGGGGGUGUGUGUGUGUGGUAAAUUAUGAGUUUAGGUAUAACAUACACACACUACUAAUUAAGAGAUUAACAAGGACUUGCUGUAUAGCAUAGGGAAUUAUCCUUGUUAUCUUGUAAUAACUUUUAGGGAAAAGAACCUGAAAAAGAAUAUAUAUGUAUAUACAUAUAAAAAUGAAUCACUGUGUUGUAAUCUGGCACUAACCUGAUAUUUCAAACCAACUGUAUUUCAAUUAAAAAAAAAAACACCUAAUAUACAAAGUCUUGACCUGCCCCCUUAAAGAAAUCUGCAUAGAAAAGAUUUAUACCAUAUGUGGUUAAUUCCAAGUACUUUACAGCAAAAGUAGGCAACUAAAAUAGGUAUCACCAAAUCAUUUUCUUCAUAGUUUUCUACAGUGUGAAACAGCGUACUGAGCGGGCACCCAAUACUAUGUGGAUUUCAGAGUAACAAAAUAAAUAUUCCAGAAACUUUACCUUUGUAAGACAAUCUUAAUUCUGUAAUAGUUGUUUCUUUUGUCACGCAUUUUGUUUCACUUCAGACUUCCAUCAAUGGAUUUAUGUAAAAAUACCAUCAAUUACCAAUUUUAUAAGUUAAAAUUGUAGAUAAUCCAUUCUACAGAAAGAAAGAGAAGUCACUGAGUCAUGUCCAAC